CGGAGAAGCGCCGGGCAAAACCUGGGGGAGGGAGAGGAGGAGAAAAGAGGCACCGUCACUGCACCCUCUGGAUGGGUGCAGUUUGGGCUUUACCGCAGCAUGAUGCAGUUGUUGAGAAUUAGGCGUUGUUGUUGUUCUUGGGAGGGAAGCAGCUGACAAGGCGGCAGCGGCAGCAGCAGCACCAGCAGCUGGCAUCAAAACAAAACAAAACCACUCCGGCUGGCUUCCCAUCUUCCGUCCCGCGCGCCGGGGCUGCAAGAGAGGAGGGCCCUUGAAGCUCUUCUGGGUGGCGAAUCACCGGGCCGCCUCGGCUGCUGCCUGGACUGCUGCGGGGCGUUUUGCAGGAAGAGGUGUUUUUCCUUCCGACCGCUCCUCUCUAAUACCCGGCAAGGAAGAAGAAGGAGACAGCGGUGUUCAUGCAGCAGUAACCGCCGCAGCCCGCAACAGCAGGAGCGCUUUAAGCGAGCUGGUGAAUGGUGAGAAGGGGCGCUUAGACUCUUCCCCGGGCUCCGUGCGACGGGCAGGCAGCAUGCUCGGUGAAGGAUGAGCCGAGGACAAGCGUCGCCCAGGCUGCUUCGUUCAUUGUCCGCGGACGAGAGAGCAGCAGCUGCCGCUACUGCAGGAGCAAGCGCCCCUCAGGAGCGGAAGGAGAGGCUCUGCGGAGACUUCAUUUCCUCUCCUGACCCCUCCGUUUACAUCACUAACUGGUGACAGUCCCAUCUCGCCGGCAAAGUACCUGCCGCUCGAGCUGCUCUUGGAGAAUCUCCUUGUAUACCGCAACCAUGGCCAGCCAACAGGAUUCCGGCUUCUUUGAAAUCAGUAUCAAAUAUUUACUGAAAUCCUGGAGCAAUACAUCUCCAGUGGGUAACGGAUACAUUAAACCACCAGUCCCUUCUGUUUCUGGCACACAAAAGGAAAAGGGACCUCCAACCAUGCUACCUAUCAAUGUUGAUCCAGAUAGUAAGCCUGGAGAAUAUGUCUUGAAAAGUUUAUUUGUUAACUUUACUACCCUGGCUGAACGCAAGAUCCGCAUCAUCAUGGCAGAACCUCUGGAAAAACCAUUGAGCAAAUCUCUGCAACAUGGAGAAGAUCCACAGUUUGAUCAAGUAAUAAGUUCAAUGAGCUCCCUUUCAGAGUAUUGUUUACCUUCUAUCCUGCGCACUUUGUUUGAUUGGUAUAAAAGACAAAAUGGCAUUGAAGAUGAAUCUCAUGAAUACAGACCAAGAACAAGCACAAAAUCCAAAAGUGAUGAGCAGCAACGAGACUAUUUAAUGGAAAGAAGAGAUCUUGCUAUUGAUUUUAUUUUUUCGUUAGUAUUAAUAGAAGUAUUGAAACAGAUUCAGCUUCAUCCUGUAAUUGAUGGUUUGGUACACGAUGUUAUUAAUUUGGCUUUCAAGCACUUUAAAUACAAAGAAGGGUACCUAGGUCCCAACACUGGAAAUAUGCACAUUGUUGCAGAUCUCUAUGCUGAGGUAAUAGGGGUACUAGCACAAGCAAAAUUUCCAGCUGUGAAAAAGAAAUUUAUGGCAGAAUUAAAAGAGCUGCGGCAUAAGGAGCAGAAUCCUUACAUGGUUCAAAGCAUUAUCAGUCUAAUCAUGGGGAUGAAAUUCUUCCGUAUUAAAAUGUACCCUGUGGAAGAUUUUGAAGCUUCCCUUCAGUUUAUGCAGGAAUGUGCACAUUAUUUUCUUGAAGUUAAAGACAAAGAUAUCAAACAUGCAUUAGCAGGCUUGUUUGUUGAAAUUCUUGUCCCAGUAGCUGCUGCUGUUAAAAAUGAAGUGAACGUUCCCUGUCUGAGGAACUUUGUUGAAAGUCUCUAUGAUACAACACUCGAACUAUCUUCACGAAAGAAGCAUUCACUGGCUUUGUAUCCUCUAGUAACAUGCCUGCUUUGUGUCAGUCAAAAACAGUUCUUUCUAAAUAGAUGGCAUAUUUUUCUCAACAACUGCCUGUCCAAUCUCAAAAACAAAGAUCCAAAAAUGGCUCGAGUUGCACUGGAAUCUCUCUACAGACUGCUAUGGGUUUAUAUGAUUAGAAUCAAAUGUGAAAGCAAUACAACUACCCAAAGUCGGCUUAUAACAAUCAUCACAACCCUUUUUCCAAAAGGUUCCCGAGGUGUGGUACCGCGAGACAUGCCUCUGAACAUUUUUGUGAAAAUUAUACAGUUUAUUGCACAGGAACGUUUGGAUUUUGCAAUGAAAGAAAUCAUUUUUGAUUUCCUUUGUGUUGGAAAACCAGCAAAAGCAUUUAGUCUAAAUCCAGAGAGAAUGAAUAUUGGUCUGAGAGCUUUCUUGGUCAUUGCGGAUAGCUUGCAGCAAAAAGAUGGAGAGCCUCCAAUGCCUGUUACUGGAGCUGUACUUCCUUCAGGAAACACCCUACGAGUGAAGAAAACUUACUUGAGCAAAACUCUCACAGAAGAGGAAGCUAAAAUGAUAGGCAUGUCAAUGUAUUAUUCUCAAGUAAGAAAAGCUGUAGACAACAUACUGCGACAUCUUGAUAAAGAAGUUGGGCGGUGCAUGAUGCUCACAAAUAUACAAAUGUUAAACAAAGAACCUGAAGAUAUGAUUACAGGUGAAAGAAAACCAAAAAUUGACCUUUUCAGGACUUGUGUUGCUGCUAUUCCACGACUCCUUCCUGAUGGGAUGUCUAAAUUAGAGCUGAUUGACUUGCUAUCAAGGCUUUCUAUACAUAUGGAUGAUGAACUUCGGCACAUUGCUCAAAAUUCACUUCAGGGUCUAUUAGUUGAUUUUGUUGAUUGGCGAGAGGAUGUUCUUUUUGGUUUCACAAAUUUUUUGUUGCGUGAAGUGAAUGAUGUGCAUAAUAGCCUCUUGGACACAUCUUUAAAAUUAUUGUUACAGUUGCUAACACAAUGGAAGCUUACAAUACAAACUUCUGGGAAGACCAACGAACAGACAAAAGUCCGAUCUUCAGAGUUGAUAGCAAAUGGAUCCGGUCAAAGGACCCAGACUGAACGAAGUUCUUAUUCAAAUGUACUGCAUGCUGUUGAAGGUUUCGCACUGGUAUUACUCUGCAGUUUCCAAGUUGCCACACGUAAACUGGCAGUUUUGAUUCUCAGAGAGGUCCGUGCUUUAUUUCAUGCACUAGGACAAGCAGAGGAUGAUGAUAGACCUAUGAUUGAUGUUAUGGACCAGCUAAGUUCUUCUAUUCUAGAAAGUUUUAUUCACGUGGCUGUUUCUGACUCAACAACGUUACCACUAACAUAUAAUGUGGAUUUGCAGUGGCUGGUAGAAUGGAAUGCAGUACUUGUUAAUAGCCAUUAUGAUGUAAAAAGCCCAUCCCAUGUCUGGAUAUUUGCACAGUCGGUCAAAGAUCCUUGGGUUCUCUGCCUUUUCAGUUUUCUUAGGCAAGAGAAUUUACCAAAGCAUUGUCCUACAGCUCUUAACUAUGCUUGGCCUUAUGCAUUUACAAGGCUACAGCUAGUGAUGCCUUUGGUUGAUCCAAAUAGUCCUGUGAAUGCAAAGAAAACAAGUACACCCAGCACUGGGGAUCAUUAUGUAACUUUGUGGAGAAACUAUCUGAUUCUCUGCUUUGGAGUAGCUAAACCCAGCAUUAUGAGUCCUGGACAUCUGCGUGUUUCUACACCAGAGAUCAUGGCUACUACGCCGGAUGGUACCAUUAGUUAUGAUAAUAAGGCUAUUGGAACUCCAUCUGUUGGUGUGUUAUUAAAACAGCUAGUGCCUUUGAUGAGACUUGAAAGCAUAGAAAUCACUGAAUCACUUGUACUAGGCUUUGGAAGAACGAAUGCUCUUGUUUUCAGAGAAUUAGUGGAGGAACUUCACCCUCUAAUGAAAGAAGCAUUGGAGAGAAGACCAGAGAAUAAGAAACGUCGUGAGCGCAGAGAUCUCUUACGAUUACAGCUGUUGCGAAUUUUUGAAUUACUUGCUGAUGCUGGUGUGAUAAGUGAUAGUACAAAUGGUGCCUUGGAACGAGAUACCCUAGCACUGGGAGCCUUGUUCUUAGAAUAUGUUGACCUAACUCGCAUGUUGUUGGAAGCUGAAAAUGAUAAAGAAGUUGAGAUUCUCAAGGACAUGAGAGCCCAUUUUAGUGCAAUGCUUGCUAACUUGAUUCAAUGUGUGCCAGUUCAUCAUAGGAGAUUUCUUUUCCCUCAGCAAAGCUUGAGGCACCACCUCUUCAUCCUGUUUAGUCAAUGGGCUGGACCUUUCAGUAUCAUGUUUACACCUCUGGAUCGUUAUAGUGAUAGAAAUCAUCAGAUUACAAGAUACCAGUAUUGUGCUUUAAAGGCCAUGUCAGCAGUGCUGUGCUGUGGCCCUGUGUUUGACAAUGUGGGCCUUUCCCCUGAUGGCUAUCUUUAUAAAUGGCUUGAUAAUAUUCUAGCUUGCCAAGAUUUACGGGUUCAUCAGCUUGGCUGUGAAGUUGUUGUCUUAUUGUUGGAGUUGAAUCCUGACCAAAUCAAUCUCUUUAACUGGGCUAUAGAUCGAUGUUAUACUGGAUCCUAUCAGCUUGCUUCAGGAUGCUUCAAAGCCAUUGCAACUGUGUGUGGAAGCAGGAACUACCCUUUUGACAUUGUGACUCUUUUAAAUCUAGUCUUGUUUAAAGCAUCUGACACCAGCAGAGAGAUUUAUGAAAUUUCCAUGCAACUCAUGCAGAUUUUGGAAACAAAACUUUUUAUUUAUUCCAAGAAAAUAGCUGAGCGAAGACCUGGCAGCAUUCUUUAUGGGACUCAUGGUCCUUUGCCACCACUUUACAGUGUCUCAUUAGCUCAUCUGUCCUACGAACUGGCAAGAAUGUACCCUGAGCUGACACUUCCAUUGUUUUCAGAAGUAAGUCAACGAUUUCCAACAACUCACCCAAAUGGGCGUCAGAUCAUGCUCACCUACUUGCUACCCUGGCUUCAUAACAUUGAGCUAGUGGACAGCAGACUUCUUCUCCCAGGUUCAAGUCCUACUACCCCUGAAGAUGAAAUAAAGGAUAAGGAUGGAGAAGUAACUGUUUCAUGUGGCUUAAAGGGAAAUGGCUGGGGCUCACCAGAAGCCACAUCAUUGGUGCUUAAUAAUCUGAUGUAUAUGACAGCUAAGUAUGGAGAUGAAGUUCCUGGACCAGAAAUGGAGAAUGUCUGGAAUGCUUUAGCUAAUAAUGAAAAAUGGAGCAACAACCUGAGAAUAACUUUGCAGUUUCUGAUAAGCUUAUGUGGAGUCAGCAGUGAUACAAUUCUUUUACCAUACAUCAAAAAAGUUGCCAUCUAUUUGUGUCGGAACAAUACUAUUCAAACAAUGGAAGAACUUUUAUUUGAGCUCCAGCAAACAGAUCCCGUGAAUCCCAUAGUUCAGCAUUGUGACAAUCCACCAUUUUAUCGUUUUACUGCCAGCAACAAAGCUUCAGUUGUUGUUUCUGGAACUACAUCAAGUAGUAACACUGUUGUAGCUGGCCAAGAUAGUUUUCCAGACAUUGAAGACAAUAGAAUUCUAAAAGAGACAGAUGAGAGGUUUAGUAAUGUGAUCAGAGCACAUAACCGAUUAGAAUCAAGAUACAGCAAUAGCUCCGGAGGAUCUUACGACGAUGAUAAAAAUGAUCCUAUUUCUCCAUAUACAAGUUGGCUUCUGAAUAUUGUGGAAAUGAAACAGCCACAACCUUUGCCAAUGCCAUUUAAUGGAGGGUGCUGGGCACCACUUGUUGACUACCUUCCAGAAACAAUUACACCACGGGGACCGCUCCAUAGAUGCAAUAUUGCUGUUAUCUUCAUGACUGAAAUGGUAGUAGAUCAUAGUGUAAGAGAAGACUGGGCUCUUCAUCUUCCAUUGCUGUUGCAUGCUCUGUUUUUAGGCCUUGAUCAUUAUCGUCCAGAAGUCUUUGAACAUAGCAGGAAGCUGUUGCUACAUCUGCUGAUUGUGUUGUCAUGCAAUAGCAAUUUUCAAGCCAUAGCCUCAAUGCUUCUUCAGACUAGAGAGAUGAAUGAAACCAAGACGCUUACAGUUCAGCCUGUGCAUUUGCCUGAAUUCUUCUAUACAGGUGGUUUUGACUUUCUGAGGGAGUAUCAGUCUUCCCCUGUGCCAGACUCUGGGCUCAGCUCCAGCUCCACUUCUUCCAGCAUCAGCCUUGGAGGAAGCAGUGGAAAUCUCCCACAAAUCACCCAGGAGAUAGAAGACAUUGACCCAACUGUGGAGACAAAUGAAAAAGCAAACAAACUAAUAGAGUUUUUAACUACCAGGGCAUUUGGUCCGCUGUGGUGCCAUGAAGAUAUCACACCCAAAAACCAGAAUACAAAAAGUGCAGAGCAGCUUACCAAUUUCUUGCAUCAUGUUGUGUCUGUCUUUAAAGAAUCUAAAUCAGGCUUUCAUUUGGAGCAGCAGCUUAGUGAAAUUGCAUUGCAAACAGCUCUUUCUAGUUCCUCAAGACAUUAUGCUGGCCGCUCUUUUCAGAUAUUUCGGGCUCUAAAACAGCCACUUUCAGCACAUGCAUUGUCCGAUCUGCUGUCAAGAUUAGUGGAAGUUAUAGGAGAACAUGGAGAAGAAAUUCAGGGUUACGUUAUGGAAGCCCUUCUUACAUUAGAAGCCACUGUGGAUACUCUGUAUGAUUGUCUGAAAAACAGUGAUCUUUUAUCAUGUUCAUCCUCACCAGACUUGACAUCAAGUGCAAAACUGACAGCCAAUCGGAAGAGCACAGGACAACUUAAUGUGAAUUCAGGAGCUGCCAGUGGCAGUACAGGCACUGCUGAGCGUAGCAGACAUCAGAGGAGUUUUUCAGUGCCUAAAAAGUUUGGGGUUGUGGACAGAACUUCUGAUCCCCCUCGCAGUGCCACUCUGGAUAGGAUUCAGGCUUGCACACAGCAAGGCCUUUCCUCCAAAACUAGGAGCUCCUCUUCUUUGAAGGACAGUCUUUCAGACCCUACCAAUAUUAACAAUCCAACUAACCUGCUGGCCACCAUUUUCUGGGGAGCAGUGGCUUUGAUGGAAUCUGAUUUUGAAUUUGAAUACCUAAUGGCAUUAAGAUUGCUCAGUAAGCUCCUCGUUCAUCUGCCACUGGAUAAAGUAGAAAACAGGGAAAAAUUAGAAAAGCUACAAGGACAACUAAAAUGGACAGAUUUCUCAGGGCUCCAGCAACUUCUGCUUAAAGGUUUUACUUCUCUAACAACUACUGAUCUCACACUUCAGCUCUUCAGUUUGCUGACUCCAGUGUCACGUGUAUCCAUGGUUGAUUCCUCUCAGGCUAUAGGAUUUCCAUUGAAUGUUUUAUGCCUUCUGCCUCAUUUAAUUCAGCACUUUGAUGGCCCAAAUCAGCUCUGCAAGGAUAUAGCAGAGAGGAUUGCUCAGGUCUGUCUAGAAGAAAAGAACCCAAAGUUGUCAAAUCUUGCACAUGUCAUGACUCUCUAUAAAACACACAGCUAUACAAGAGAUUGUGCAACUUGGGUGAAUGUUGUUUGCCGUUACCUUCAUGAAGCAUUUGCUGACAUUACUCUGAAUAUGAUUACUUAUCUUGCUGAGCUACUGGAAAAGGGGCUUCCUAACAUGCAGCAAUCACUUUUACAAAUAAUCUAUAGUCUUCUUAGUUAUAUGGACUUAUCAAACUUACCUGUUAAACAGUUUAACAUGGAAGUACUAAAGACCAUAGAAAAAUACGUACAAAGCAUUCACUGGCGAGAAGCCCUGAAUAUACUUAAAUUGGUGGUUGCACGCUCAGCAAGUCUUGUUCUACCCUCUUAUCAGCAUAGUGAUAUUUCAAAAAUGGAAAUACAUUGCAUCUGGAAUAAUGCAUCCAAGGAACUGCCUGGAAAAACUUUAGAGUUUCAGUUUGAUAUUUCUGAGACACCAAUUAUUGGCAAGCGGUAUGAUGAGCUGCAGACUUCUUCGGGUCGUGAUGGAAAACAUAGAAUAAUGCCUGUCACAAGAAGCACAUCUUCAACAUCUUCUGGGUCUAAUUCCAAUGUCCUUGUGCCUGUUAGUUGGAAAAGACCUCAGUAUUCCCAGAAAAAAACAAAAGAAAAGUUGGUGCAUGUUCUUAGUCUUUGUGGUCAAGAGGUUGGUCUGAGCAAAAAUCCUUCGGUCAUUUUUUCUUCCUGUGGAGAUUUGGAUCUGAUUGAGCACCAAAAUAGUCUGGUAGCUUCAGAAGACGGACAACGUGAACAAGAGAAUAUGGAUGAUUCUAACAGCGAGCAACAGUUCCGAGUCUUUAGAGAUUUUGAUUUCCUAGAUGUGGAAUUAGAAGAUGGUGAGGAACUUCAGGGUGAAAGCAUGGACAAUUUCAACUGGGGAGUUCGUAGGCGUUCUCUUGACAGUUUGGACAAGUGUGAUAUGCAGCUUCUGGAAGAAAGCCAGCUCUCAGGAAGUAUCCCCAGUCUAAACAAAAUCAACCAUGAAGAUUCUGAUGAAUCAUCGGAAGAGGAGGACCUUACAACAAGUCAAAUCUUGGAACAAUCAGAACUUAUCAUGACACUUUCCCCAUCUGAGGACACAAAUCACAUUGAUGCCCUUUCCACGCCAUGUGAGGCAGCAGCAUCAGGUCCACCUCCUUUCAGUUCAAGAACUUCUAGCUUUAACACAUCUUUGCCAGAAGUGAAUAAUCUCCAGGUCUCCGAAGAUUCAAAGGUGGAAGGUGCCCAAGAAGAAGAAGAUACCUCAGUUCAGGAAGAUGAUCUAUCUGGAUCUACCAAUGAACUCCCACCAGCAUUUGAAUAUAGUGAUAGUUUUAGUCUAGAUAUGACUGAAGCUGAAGAAAAAAGUGACCGACUGCUAGACCAAUAUGCACUUGCCAGUUUUGGUGAAGGUGAUCGCACUGCUUCACCCCAACUUUCCCCAUUCUUUUCUGCUAUCCUAGCUGCAUUUCAACCUACUGCCUGUGAUGCUGCAGAAGAAGCUUGGCGUAGUCAUAUCAACCAGCUUAUGUGUGACUCAGAUGGGUCCUGUGCUGUUUAUACUUUCCAUGUGUUUUCGUCCUUGUUUAAGAAUAUUCAAAAAAGAUUCUGCUUUCUAACUUGUGACGCUGCCAGCUAUCUCGGUGAUAAUCUGCGAGGAAUUGGCUCAAAGUUUGUGAGCUCAUCACAGAUGCUGACUUCGUGUUCCGAAUGUCCUACCCUUUUUGUAGAUGCUGAAACCCUUCUCUCUUGUGGGCUUCUAGAGAAAUUAAAGUUUAGUGUCUUAGAACUACAAGAAUACUUGGAUACAUAUAAUAACAGAAAAGAAGCAACACUUUCUUGGCUGGCAAACUGCAAGGCAACUUUUUCAGGGGGUUCAAGAGAUGGGGUUAUCACUUGUCAGCCAGGAGAUUCAGAAGAAAAG